UGCUGAAGAUUCUCCAGACCAUAACAGGAAGGGUAAUGUGAUUUAAUUUGCUCAAUGAGGACAACAUACCCAUGUACUAAUGCAGAAGCACUUGCCCACAGAAAUACCUCUUAUCUUCUAGCAGACACAGUUUCAUCCAGUCCAAUCAGCCAUUAUUUUGAUGCACCGACUGACCUCGUUGAGGGUUUAGUUGAGAGACUGCAGCUCCUGCCUGAGCAACUGAACACAUCCAGGCACAAGGAGAGAAGGGAGGCAGAGAAAAGGGAAUAGGAGGGGCACUCGGAAUGACUGGAAGCUUUAGAGGGGGCUGAGUGAUUUUAUUUGUAUUUUCCAGCUCACGUCAGCAGGAUUAACCCCCUUAUACCCAAAGGGAGUGUAAAUCAGAUCCACUCAGAGCACUGUAGCGCCUCUGCUCCUGAACAGGUUAAAUAAAGAGCAGUUGUUGUCUGCAUAAGAGAAUGGGCGCUUGGUAGCACAGACGCAGGAAUACAGCAGCAACUUCUCCCAGGAGGCACAUCAAACAUUAUCACCAGCCCUUGUGCUGCAUUGCCCUCACAGCUAUCCAUUUAUAGAGGGGAUUCAUUAGCAGUUCUGACUAUCCCUCUCGGACACCUAGACCACCCCUCCCCAAACACACUCACCCCUCCUUCCCAAGCACUUGGGCUGUCUCUGUCGGAGAGCUGCAGUUGAGCUCUAAGGAAGAUGGACUGAAGGCACCUCCUGGGGACGGUGCUACUUCUUGGGAAGGACAAUCCAAUGGCAGUGGCUAACGGCAGCCUGGAUUAAUUCAACUCACCGGUUAGAGACAAUCAGUGAACUCAUCAAGGACAGCAGGAUGGGUGUCCUAAUGUCCAAGAGGCAGACGGUGGAGCAGGUGCAGAAAGUCAGCAUCGCUGUGUCCGCAUUUAAGGACGGAUUGAAGGAACGGCCUCCCAGCAAGAGAAAGUCUGAAGGCUGCAUCAGAAAAGGCAGCAAAGCUGAUGUGUUGGACCAGGUGCUGGAGGAGGAAAAGGAGGAGAGUGGAUCCAAACCCGACUCCCCGUGCCAGUCUCAGCCUCAUCAGGAAAACCCUAUAAACCGGGCAGCUUGGGAGAGACUUCGAGACGGGCGAGGGGUGGAGCCGGAGGAGUUUAAUAAAAACAGUUGCUUCACUCCACCUGCCUUCAUUAGGCCUAAACGAGCUCUGAACGAUGAUGAACCUCUUGAGAUCAGCUUGGAGCAGCGGGAAGAGGUCACCAACGAUGAAAUGUGUGAGAUCUGUGAGGUGUGGACAGCAGAAAACCUCUAUCCGUGCCGAAUCUGCUCCAGGGUAUUUCAUGAUGGCUGCCUACGUCGGAUGGGGUAUUUACGUAAUGAUAACACCCUGGAGGUGACGGAAAUGGCGCACACAGAGACCGGCUGGAGCUGUUACUAUUGUGAUAAUCUCAAUCUGCUGCUGACGGAAGAGGAGAUGUACAGUUUGAUGGAGACGUUCAGCCAGUGCAAAGUGAUACCCGAAUGCCCCCUGACUCUGGAUGACUUUCUGCAUUACAAACACCUAGUGAACCGGCGCCUGCAGGAGAAGCAACUGGGAGAUGAUCUAGAGGAGCAGACGACCCUCCAGUUCUCUUCUAUGGAUCCGGAGAAGAAGGGGCAAGUGGAGUGGGGGGAUUUUCUUUCCCAUGAAUCCAUUUGUCUGCUGCAAAAGCUACGCACAGAGAAUUCCUUGCUGCGGCUGCUCACGGCUAAAGAGCGAGAGAGGACUCGGGCCACGUUCCUGUCUCUGGACCAAGACAACGACAAACUGAUCAACGGCAACGAAUGUCGCAGGGCGCAACACGGCUGGUUCCGCAAACUAUCGAAAGAGGCCAUAUCCUGUAAUGUCAGUAUAAGCCAUGUUGGGCCAAUGUCAGAGAGCAGCCCCGCCAGCAGCACCAGUGGGAAAAGCCAAGACAAGACACCGCUGACCUCCGACCCAGAUGAGGGCAGACAAGUCAGCUGGGAAACCUUCCUAAAGGAGAACGCCAUCUUCAUACUUGCUGCUCGCCCAAAUAGUUCUGCCAUCCACCUGAAGCCAUCAGCAUAAAAUGUAACAGUUCCAUUUGGGAGAUCCCACCCGAUGCCUGAUGCAUGUGGGGACGAUGGGGUAUCUGGAGAUAGGAAUGUUCUCUACAUUAGAUGCUGUAGAUCAUCUGGAGAUGUCACAACAGCUCGAUGCCCCCUCAAUAAACGUCUUGCCUUCCCAACCCUUUGCUAAAAGACUUUUUUAUUGGACAAUGUUUUUACGAGAUGGGCAUCAUCACUCUGUCCAACUGGAACAUGGACGGUCAGGUUCCGGAGACAAUGUAGCCAAAAUUGAGGAGAGGCCCGGUGGUUUCAUUAGUCAGAACUUCUCUUUAAGAUGCCAAAGAGCUCAGAAUCAAGGCAGGAGAGAUGACUAUAGAGCAAAUAUAAUGGAACUACUUCAUGGACAAUGGUUAUUUUUCUUCUGUAAUGUUUCUUUGUGCUGAUGUUUUAGGGAAUUUUGAACAAAAUGAUGUCCUGGGAUGAAAUAAGUGGAAUUCUCUUUGCCUAGGAGUCAAGAGUUUCAGAGCUUUUAAUAGGCUGAGAAUCUGAGUCUUCUCCACCAUGUCACUCUGAUAAGCACAAAUCCCUAUUCCAGGUAAAUUAAUCUCAGUAAAACAAUGUACUGUUGCUGUCCCCCCAACUUUAGAAAAAAAUACCGAAGCCCCCAGACUGCAGGACACCUCCAGUUUGGACAUCCCCAACACCAUUCCUACCACUAAUAAUUAUCACAGUACAUGGGGUAAAUGAAUUAUAAUAUGCUUGUUUCUACUGCUCUAAAAGCUGUCCUGGUCCAAAGAUGCUUUGUGGAAAGUUCUAAUGAAACAUUGCUUUUGGUUUUCUGGUUUCAGAUGAGAGAUUUAAGCCUUUAAUGUUUGUUUUAAACUCAAGUAAGUUGUAUAAAAUAAUUAAAAAAGAAUAUAUGUGCUAUAAACAAUGCAAAGUGAUAUAUUUGUCCUU